AUGCCUUUCCACCCAGUGACCGCCGCCUUGAUGUACCGGGGCAUUUACACCAUUCCAAACAUCCUUGCCACGGAGCAGCCCCCCGUCGAAAUACCCGAAGACGAGCUGGAAGAAAUCCGUGAAGCAUUCAAAGUCUUCGACCGCGAUGGCAACGGCUUCAUCUCCAAGCAGGAGCUCGGCACGGCGAUGCGGUCCCUCGGCUACAUGCCCAACGAGGUGGAGCUAGAAGUCAUCAUCCAGAGACUGGACAUGGAUGGUGAUGGACAAGUAGACUUUGAGGAAUUUGUGACGUUACUCGGCCCCAAGCUCUCCACUUCCGGCAUUCCAGAGAAAUUCCACGGCACUGACUUUGACACUGUCUUCUGGAAGUGCGACAUGCAAAAGCUGACGGUGGACGAGCUGAAGCGGCUGCUGUACGACACCUUCUGCGAACACCUCUCCAUGAAGGACAUCGAAAACAUCAUCAUGACCGAGGAGGAGAGCCACAUGGGGAACGCCGAGGAGUGUCCGGUCGAUGUGGAGACCUGCUCGAACCAACAGAUCAGGCAGACGUGCGUCCGGAAAAGCCUCAUCUGCGCCUUCGCCAUCGCUUUCAUCAUCAGCGUCAUGCUAAUUGCCGCCAACCAGGUGCUGCGAAGCGGGAUGAAGUAG